AUGCAAUUCUUACCUUCCUUCAUUUUAAGCGACGAAUCUAAAGAACGUAUUACAAAAGUUCUAAACCUUACUCAUAAUCUAGCUCAUUAUGGUUGGAUACCAUUUGUAUUAUACUUAGGAUGGGCUAACACUCCAAAUAAACCAAAUCUAUUCAAUUUGUUAUCUCCAUUACCAAGUGUUUAA